AUGUCCAAGUGGGAGGAUGACUACGAGUAUAUCUGGGCCCUGGACAGCGACAUCGACUUUACAGGCGCGGACCUGGUGAGCCUCUUCUCCCUGGCGAGGGCCUCUGGGUCCCUCAUCGUGGGGCCCACCUUCGCAGGAGAACGCAGUCCUGGCUGA